AUGCAGGUGCCUGCCUCUCUGGGACGGCAGGCGCUGGACGGGGCGGCGCCUUCCAUUGGCGAUCACUCCGAGGAAAGCACGGCCAGCGACCCGCUGGUGGAGUGUGCCAUGCUGCUUGAGCAGCUGGCGCCCCUAGAUGGGAGCUGGCCGGAGGAGGGGUGGCAGGACGGGAGGGGGACGGUGACGGGUUCGCACGCCGCAAUUCGUGCUUUCCAGUCGGUCCCCUUUGACCCGCUCUUCCGGGGAGGACAGACCGGGCAGCCCACCUGCAUCGCCCGCUACCUGGGCAUGGUGGCGGUGGGCACCUCCAUCGGCACCGCUGCCGUCUUCGUCCCCGGCCCGCCGAGUCCAGCCGUCUCCGGCGCUGCGACUUCCGGCCCACGGCCCACAGCCGCCACGGCAGACCCGUCAGGGCUGCGCCUGGUGGCUGACCCUUCUAUCCCACGCGGCGAUGCAGUGGCCUGCCUGGCGCUGGGCUCCCACGCCGGCGGGCCCCUGCUGGUCACGGGCCACGCGGUCCACGGCGCGCGCGUCGUCUGCGCCGCGCUGGCCGACGGUGGCGGGGUUACCUGGGCGCUGACUGCCGAUGCGCAUGGGCGGCUGCUAGCCCACGACGUGAAUCGCCACUUGUCUGCCACCAGCCAGGCCCUCACCAGCUUUGCACGCCAGCUGACCGGGUCGGCCUCAGUGCCCUCCCACGUGCUGGACCUGGCCAGCGCCGCAACGCCCCCGGGAUCAAAGCCGGGGGACAGGCCGCCGCGUGAUGCGCACAGCGUGCUCGCCAUCGACGUGUUGGCCUCCCACCGGUCGCUGGGGGGCCGGGGGUCGGAGACCCCGGGCGUCGCCCCCUCGCUGUCCCACUUCACGCCGAUCGGGCACUGGGUUCUGGCAGGCACGCCCCACGCCGUGCUCGUCUGCCAGCUGACGCCCGAGGGCCGCCUGCGCGUACACCACGCCUUCCGAGACCCCGGCCUUGAGGGUCAAGACGAGUGGUCUGGGCCUCCUGGGCCUCCCAUUGCGACCUGGGGUAUUUCAGAGGACUGGUCAGAGCCUGGCGGGAGAAGGACCGUGCACAUCGCCAUCGCCUGGAGCGGAGGCAGGGUGGCUCUGUACCGGACCUCCAUCAUGGACAGCCUGCCGCCGCCCGUCGCCGAGGAUGGCGGCAGUCGAAGGGGGGAUGCCAGCCACGCAGCGUCCCCGGGCCCAGGAGGCACCAGCGCGUCCAACCCAGCGACCCCGCCGCCGCGGCGUGACCAUCGCGCCGAGGCCCCGCUACUCGCCGAGCCCGAGGCUCUGGGCGUCCUGCGCCUGCCCUCGGCCCCUUCAGCCCUUCAGCUACUGCAGAGCGGGAGCCUGACGGCGCUGGCGCCCUGGGGCCCGGCAGGCACCUCCACCGCGGUGUGGAUGUUUGCAGACCCCUGGCGGGGUGGAGAUACGCACGGCCCUGGUCACGGCGCACUGCAGACCCCACACAUGACUGGCGUGGACUCGAUGCGGCUGCCGGACUGGCUGGCCGGCGGCCCGCCCCCUGACGAAGCAAACGGCGGUAGCGGCGGCGCGUCUGCGCCGGGACCCCCGCCUCCGGCCGGAAAUGCGGUGGCCUUUGCCGGGGACCAGGUCGUCCUGCUGGGAAGCCGCCAUGUCAGCGUCCUGCAGCGCUGCACCUGGGACCAGCGCUGCGCGGCGCUGGCGGCGGCGGGGCGGCACGGCGCGGUGCUCUGCGCCUGCCUGAAGGCAGAGGCUCGUGUGCUGAUGGUGCCUCGCGGCGGCCGACCCGGUCUCGAGAGCGCCUGGCCCGCCGAUCGGCCGCCGAGCGGGCGUGCCGCCGUGCAUGGUGCCGCCGAGCGCGCGCUGUUGGCGCUGCUGGCCGACCAGCUGGCGGGCCCGCAGGGAGCUCGAGGGACCGGAGGCAGUGGCGACCACCACGGCUGCACUGCAUCCAGUCAUGCGUUCCUGAGCCCUGUCGUGCUGGCUGACGUGGCGGUGCGCACCUGCCUCCUGCUCGGGCGCCCCGACCUCCUCUCAGGCGCAGUGGCGAACGCUUUUCUGUCGGCGCCAGGUGCACAGGACCAGGGGGCGGCCGGACGAGGCGAGUUGGGCGAGGCCUCGCUUGCGACCCCACGCCAUGCUUUCCUGGAGGCCCUGGUGCCGCACGUGUCGGCGGGUCGGCUGACCAGCCUGGGACCCGAGGUGAUGCAGGAGCUGGUGGGAAGCUACGCGGCCGCCGGCCGCCCCGAGGUCGUGGAGGCGUGCGUGCUGCGCCUGGACCCGACCACCCUGGACCUCAGCCAGGUGGUGCCACUCUGCAUGCGCCACGACCUGCAUGCCGCCCUCAUUGCCAUCUUUGGCGGGGUCCUGCGCGACUGGACCACGCCCCUCUGCCUGCUGCUGGUGGAGGCGGUGAGCGCGGGGGCUGCGCAGGAAGGAAAGGGCGACGCUGAGGCUGGUGCCGCCAGCCAUGGUCCCCGAGGUGCUGGCUGCCAGGCAGAUGGACUACGCCCGUACACUGCCCGGGAGAUGCAGCUGGCCGCGCGACUCUGGCUCCUGCUGGAGGCGUGCCUGCUGGGCCUGGGCUACCCUCCCCACCGCGCCGGCUCGCUUGACCCCGGCGUCGCACCCGUGGCCAAGAGCCAGGCCCUGGCCUUCCUGCUGCUGACGCCAUGGCCGGCCAUCGCAGACUGCUGGAGGGCCUGGAGCGGGGGGCAGCGUGAGUCGGGGGGGCAGAAUUCCGCACCGCCAGCCGUCCAGCAAUCGCGACACCCCGCCCUGACCUUCCUGAUGGACCUAGACCCGUUAUCAACAUUGGCCGUGCUUUCCUCUGGACUGGAGGGGUGGGAGGCCAUGCUGGGCGACGUGGUCGACCUUGCCGGGCAGAGCUGCCCGAGGAUGGACCAGGAUACCCUGGACAGCACGGUGACUCAGCACGCGGUCGACGUCCUCGCCGCAGAGGUCCUAGCCACCUGGCCGGCAGAUGUGCCGCAGGCACGCGCCAGCCUGGACUUCAUCGGCGCCCACCUGGCCGCCGGCCGGGCCAGGGCGUGUGGCGGCGUGGUACUGCGGGUACUGCAGCGCCUCGCCGCCCUGCCCCACGGCGAGGCGGCGUUCACGGCCGUCACGGCCGUGAACGCCGCGGCAAUGACCCCCCGGGAGAGGGGGGAGGCGCUGUCACUCGCCAGGCGGCACUCUUUCCCACGCGCCGAGGCCAGCCUACACCAUGCCGGCGGCGACUACGCUGCGGCGCUGGCCUCCUGCCUCAGCAUUGAGAGCUGGGGCGCGGAGACAUCUGAGGGCAGCCUCGCGCCCAGGGCCCCCGCCGCUGCCUACGCAGAGUCGGUGCUGGAUGGGAGCACACAGAUCGAUGCGGGGACUCGCUCUGCGUUCCUGGAGCAUGCCGUCUCUCGCGCCGCGGCCUUUGUAGCUCAGGACGCCGACUCAGCGGCCGCCUUCUUCCUGCGGUGGAUCGCGCCGGACCGGCAGAGGCAGAUCUUGGAGGGCCUCGCUUCUCAGGCCCAGCUGCACUACGGCUACCUGGGGGCGCUGGUUGGGCUGGGGGACGGGGGAGGGCGUCUCAAGCUCCAGCCCCAGGGGUACCAGGUCCUGUCGGCUCUGCUGCGUGAGCGAGGCGUCGUUGAUCGCUAUGUGGACCUCCUUUGCCAGCACGAGCCACAGAAGGUCCUUGCUUUCCUCCAAUCGCACGACGGGUACAGCGUGACGGCCUGUCAGCAGGCCUGCAUGCGUCACGAGGGCUGCCAAACGGCCGCCGGGUAUCUCUUGGAACGCAGCGGGGACUCCAGCGCAGCCCUGGAGGUUUACGUGCAGGCACUGGCCGCAUCCACCUUGGCCCUGGCUCGACGCAUUGCCCGGUCCAGCGACGCCGACCUUGCGGAGUUCAUGAUGAGUCAGCAUAGCCUGGGCGAGGACAUCGAUCUGCGCCGCGGCAGCUUCAGCGCCGGGACGGCCUCCAGGGGCGCAUGGCCUGAUGCCAGCAGUCCUCAUGCCCCUCUUCCCGGGUCAUCCAUGCCAGAGCUCCAGGCGUCACAGCGGGCCCUGGAAGCUGCCCUGACACUGUGCACAAGGGUCUCACAAGAAGCAGAGCAUGAUGGGUUGGGCGACGGCGCCUCCUCAGCUCCCGACACCAAGCCUCAGUCCCUGUGGUUUCGACUGCUGGAGUUCUGCCUGCUCCAGGCCUUGGACAGGGAGGGAGCACUCCAAGGGUGGGCGGUGCUGCACGCCCUCCUGCUCGGAUUUGCGCAGCAGGUGGUGGCAGGGGCGGCCGGCCGCGUGUCCCCGCGCAGCAUCGCGGAACGCAUCAUCGCCGCGGCGGGCAGGGUGGGAUCCGAUGCCCAAUGUGCGGCGCGCCGCCCCGGACCCAUGGCAGGAGGCUUCAGGGCCACCCUGCUGAGCCUCCUAUCCACCUGCUCCCUGGAGGCCUCCCUGCUGCGCUGCGCGCGGACCGCUGCAGGGAGCGAUGGCGCGGGCCUGCUGACCCUGGCAGCGGGGGCCUGCUCGAAACCCACGCUCAUGCUUAGCGCCGGAGGAAGCACGCUGGAUAUGACAAUGGGGGGUGCGGGGCAUGUGACGCAGCAGCCAGAGGCGGCAAACAGCCAGCAUGAGCCUUUGGCAUCAUAG